UUUCUUUAAUGGUUUAUCCCACAGCCGGGAUCUUUUGUUUUUGCCAAAGAAAUUCCUGUUUCUGGUUCACGCAUGGGAGAUCUCAGACCAGUUGCUACAGAUCCGUCAGGAUGUGGAAUCGUGCUACUUUGCAGCACAGACCAUGAAGAUGAAGAUCCAAACUUCAUUUUACGAACUCCCCACAGACUCACAUGCUUCUUUACGGGACUCUUUGCUGUCCCACAUACAGAACUUGAAAGACCUCUCACCUGUCAUUGUAACUCAGCUUGCUUUAGCAAUAGCAGACCUUGCCUUGCAGAUGGCAUCUUGGAAAGGCUGCGUACAGACACUGGUUGAAAAGUAUAGCAAUGAUGUGACAUCACUGCCUUUUCUGCUGGAGAUCCUCACGGUGCUGCCCGAGGAGGUUCACAGCCGAUCGUUACGCAUUGGAGCCAACCGCCGUACUGAAAUCAUCGAAGACCUGGCUUACUACUCUAGCACUGUGGUCUCUCUGUUGAUGACCUGUGUGGAGAAGACAGGCAAUGAUGAGAAGAUGCUCAUCAAGACCUUUCGCUGCCUUGGGAGUUGGUUUAACCUGGGAGUUCUGGACAGCAACUUCAUGGCCAACAGCAAGCUGUUAUCGCUCCUCUUCGAAGUGCUGCAACAGGACAAGACCUCGUCCAACCUGCACGAGGCAGCCUCUGACUGCGUGUGCUCGGCGCUCUACGCCAUCGAGAACGUGGAGACAAAUCUGCCCCUUGCAUUGCAGCUCUUCCAGGGGGUCCUGACACUCGAGACUGCCUAUCACAUGGCUGUAGCACGAGAGGAUUUAGACAAGGUGCUUAAUUACUGCCGUGUCUUCACUGAACUCUGUGAGACGUUUCUAGAUAAAAUUGUGUGCACCCCAGGCCAGGGGCUGGGUGACCUGCGGACCCUGGAGUUGUUGCUGAUCUGUGCGGGCCAUCCGCAGUAUGAGGUGGUAGAAAUUUCCUUUAACUUCUGGUACAGACUGGGGGAGCAUCUGUAUAAAACGGAGGACGUAGUCAUACACAGCAUCUUCAAAGCCUACAUACAGAGGCUUCUCCACGCUCUGGCCAGACACUGUCAGCUUGACCCAGACCACGAGGGUGUCCCGGAGGAGACGGAUGACUUCGGGGAGUUCCGCAUGAGGGUGUCAGACCUGGUGAAGGACUUGAUUUUCCUCGUGGGAUCUGUGGAGUGCUUUGCCCAGCUGUAUGCUACCUUGAAGGAUGGGAACCCUCCCUGGGAGGUGACGGAAGCUGUUCUCUUCAUCAUGGCCUCAAUAGCCAAGAGCGUUGACCAGGAGAAUAACCCGACGUUAGUGGAAGUGCUGGAAGGGGUGGUGCGCCUGCCAGAAACAGUGCACACUGCUGUGCGCUACACCAGCAUUGAGCUGGUGGGGGAGAUGAGUGAAGUCGUGGACAGAAACCCUCAUUUCCUGGAUCCUGUGCUCGGGUACUUGAUGAAAGGUCUGUGCAACAGGCCGCUGGCCUCUGCCGCCGCCAAAGCCAUUCAUAAUAUCUGCUCAGUCUGCCGGGACCACAUGGCUCAGCACUUUAACGGACUGCUGGAGAUCGCCCGCUCCCUGGAUUCCUUCAUGCUGUCUCCAGAGGCUGCUGUAGGACUCCUCAAAGGGACAGCGUUGGUCCUGGCCAGGCUACCUUUGGAAAAGAUCGCGGAAUGCCUCAGCGAGCUGUGCGCCGUGCAGGUGAUGGCGCUCAAAAAGCUGCUUUCUCAGGAGCCGAGCAAUGGCCUCUCAUCAGACCCUACUGUGCCCCUUGAUCGACUUGCUGUCAUAUUUAGGCAUACCAACCCCAUUGUAGAAAAUGGACAGAUCCAUCCGUGCCAAAAAGUCAUUCAGGAGAUCUGGCCUGUGCUGUCAGAGACCCUGAACAAACACAGUGCCGAUAACCGCAUCGUGGAACGCUGCUGCCGGUGCCUGCGCUUCGCUGUCCGCUGCGUGGGCAAAGGAUCUGCAGCCUUGCUGCAGCCGCUGGUCACACAGAUGGUGAGUGUAUACCAGGCGCACCAGCACUCCUGCUUCCUGUACCUCGGCAGCAUCCUGGUAGAUGAGUACGGAAUGGAGGAAGGGUGCCGGCAAGGGCUGCUGGACAUGCUGCAGGCGCUAUGUGUACCCACCUUCCAGCUCCUCGAGCAUCCCAACGGCCUCCAGAACCAUCCUGACACUGUGGACGACCUUUUCCGGCUAGCAACCAGGUUCAUCCAGCGCAGCCCAGUCACCCUGCUGCGCAGCCAGGUGAUAAUCCCCAUCCUCCAGUGGGCCAUCGCUGCCACCAGCCUUGACCACCGGGACGCCAACUGCAGCGUCAUGAAGUUCCUGCGGGAUCUGGUCCACACUGGUGUCGCCAAUGACCACGAGGAGGACUUUGAACUGCGGAAGGAGCUGAUCGGGCAGGUGAUGAACCAGCUCGGCCAGCAGCUCGUGAGCCAGCUGCUGCACACGUGCUGCUUCUGCCUGCCACCCUACACCUUGCCGGACGUCGCCGAGGUGCUCUGGGAGAUCAUGCAGAUCGACAGGCCGACCUUUUGUCGCUGGCUAGAGAACUCACUGAAGGGUUUACCAAAGGAAACCUCGGGGGGAGCCCUCCAAGUGACACACAAACAACUCACAGACUUCCACAAGCAGGUCACAAGCGCGGAGGAAUGUAAACAGGUCUGCUGGGCUCUGAGAGACUUCACCCGGUUGUUCCGAUAGCUUGCACUCCUGCACUGAGCCUGUCUCCCAGGAAUGUCUUUUGAUUAGAAGACAGGAAAUAACGCAAACAAGAACGUGUCCCACAAUCAGCAAACUUCAUUGUGGCCGAGGGCUUUCACUCGCUCUAGCGCAUCCCGCCAAACACGGGGAGCCACUUCGCCGCCAGAGCAAGCCAAGUGAAGUUCCUGCUUGUGAGCGAGAGGGCAACUCAGACGCGACUAAAGAUGGCUGCAGCCCCACCUCCGGCGCUGUGGGGGGGGCGCUUCUUCCCCGAGGGGACUGGCUAAAACAACAAAAAGCAAAGAGAAUAAAAACAAAAAAACAAAACAAAACAAAAAAAAAACACAAAAAUUUUAGAAAAUUAAAAAAAAAAAAAGAAACAGGAAGAAAAAACCCAAUUUGCCUGACAGCAAAAGGAAAAAAAAAAAACAAAAAAAAACACAAAACAAAGUAGAAAACUUUCUGUGAAAUGAAAAAAAAAAAUUACGCGAGGGAACGUGGGGAUUCCAGAUCUCGGGCAAAACCAACUGUCUGCCGCGGGAGGGGGGCAUGCCCUGGGUGGCUUCCCUGGCACGCCCCCCCCCCACCCCCCCGCCCUGCCAUCUCCCUCCAACCAGACAGCAAGGAGCUGAAUUGGCCAGGAGUUGGUUUUGCUGUGUGGCAUGAGACCGCCAUGGGGAUCCUGUGAUUCGCCCCUGUGGAGCGCACGUCUGGACCUGUGGAAGUUUCUACCCCACCCCAUCCUCGAACAACAAGCCCCUGGCUAAACCCAAGAGCCAUCACUCUGCUGGAGGAGACUCAGCCUGGAAGAGACUGCUAUAUAUAUUCUAUUUUUUUUCCCUUUUUUUUUUAGUUUUUUGUUUGUUUGUUUUUGUUUUGCUUUUUAAAAAAUUUUAAAUGGCUUUAUUUAGGGCUUUUUUUUGUUUUGUUUUGUUUUAUUCUUUUUUGUUUUGUUUUGUUUUGUUUUUUUUUACCACGAGGCGGGGAAGAGGAGAGUGCCGUGAUGGGGCUGACGAUUUUAUGGACACACGCUUGGAGACGACUGGCUGGGGGGAUCUCCCAUGGGCAAGAUCUGAGACUGUGCAGGCGUUAAGACUCAAGCGCAUGCUGUUCCGUCUGGUGUUGUAGCCAUCUCGAGAACAAAUAAAAACAAAACUAAGUUUAAAAAACCGAA